AUGGCUCCAAUGUGGGCUCAUUCACUUCUCUGCUCAAGUAGUAUAAUACAAAAUUUCCUCAUACUACGUCCUCGCGUAUUGCUAGAGACUCCUUACAAACUAGUUUUGUGUUUCUACCAUAGCGCCAUAACACCAAGUCGACUGUCGGAAGCGGGCUUUAACGUCGUCUUCAGUGACUGGAACUCUUCCUCAACACCAAAGCUUCCGACGCAUAGCUGUUCUCAUGGGUUGAGCGGAUAUUUAGGUGGGACUGUGCGCUUGUUCCAUGCCCCCUGGGCUCACCCGGCCGACGAGUGGGAGUCGCGGCGGAUUAAGCAAGUUCAGCGCAGCCAAGCAGCGGCGUUGCAGAACAUCCGUAACUGCUGUACAUUUGAGGAGCUGCUGAAGGUCCUGCCGCCAAAGGGUAGUGCUCCCGAGCUGGUGAUCCAGGCGGCCCUGCAGGCUACCCGCGUACUGGAAUGGCCCCUGAGCGCAUCCGAUCGCCGGCUGCUGUACGACCUGCUGGAGCACCUCAGCCAGCAGUGCGCCAUCCCACUAUCCCGCAGUGAACCUCACUACCGGCACCGCAUUCCCAUCCUUAGGAAUGUGGAGGAAUACGACAUAUCUCAGCUGGCCACUUUCCUGGGUGUGUGUGCCCGGGCCCGGUACACCCCGGGGGAGCUACUGGUGCCUUUACAACACCGGCUGAUGGCCGAAAUACGUGAGCAGCGCCUGAAGAACGCGGCCGCAGCGGUUAAUGUGGCAGCGCUGGUGCGUCACCUCUCCCUGCUGCGGGCAGGUGGGAGGCAGCUGUGGAAUGCGGCGGUCGCAGCUGCGGAGGCCAGUAUGCGGCAUGCCAGCACAGCCGACGUUGCACGGAUGUUGGUGGCCUUUGGCCGGGUCAAUGUGCUGAGCAAGUUGCUAGUUAACAGGGCCAUGUCAUCGGCCCUGCCCACGAUGAAGCUGGCAGCCCCGCAGGUAAAAUGGGGAACUGGGGACGGACGUGGCCCUGCUCAUGCGCUGUCUAGCUCGGGCCAGCUAGCUGUAAACCUCAGCCUCCGAGGACCCGACUACGAUUUGAUAUCACUGGGGGAGCUGGCGAGUGCGUGCAGCGAUAUGGGCCUGGGUUCGCGCCACAAGAAUUUAUACGACUUGAUGUCGCAACUGGGGGCCAAGGCCAUGCACCGGCAGACCGCCAUGCUGGAGGCUUCUCUGCUACCUAGUGGCGUCGUGACAACAGCUGGCGUCCGCAUCUUUGAUAGCUUCAGCGGAGGGGGCGGCGGCGUGAUGCGGGCCCCGCUGUCGCAGCCGGUUGGGCCCCAGACACUGUUAACGUUAGUGGCGAGCUUGAGCCGCGUGCAGCCACCAUCACGUCAUCAACCGACGCUGCUGCGAGCCGCCUCUGCGCUGCUGGUCGCCUGGGUGCGGCGGGCGGCGGCGCGGGUUGAAGAUGUGGAGGGGGCCGACUUGGCGCGGUUGGACGAAUUGGCGGUGGUACUUGGGGCGGCGGGGCUGGAGGAGGAACGGCGGGAGCUGUUACACUUGGUGGGUGCAGGGGCUGGGCUCGGUGGGAUCAGGACUGUUGCAAGGAGUCGGCAUGGCAAGAUACGAGGAACAUCGAAAACAAGCCCUUUGAGUAUGGUCAUGGCGCAGGGCACCGGUGACGCAGGGCCAUUUGAGCAGGUUGAGUGGUUCGGCAGUGCACCAGAUGGAAUGCACCAGGCGGACGAGCUACCUUACCUGCGUGGCUCUCGCGGCUUCAGCUCUCGUACCCAAAUCACCGAGUGGCGGUUCUGCAGAGGCUGGAAGCUGAUGCGAAACAGUGCGGAGUCAGUCAACACAUUGGCAGCAUCGUUUCCCUCCCAGGGCGAUAGGAUAAGAAGCUGCCAACAGGUUUGGACCAUCAGAUGGAUUUGGUAUGACCUUCCCAUGGCCUUGAUCCUGAAGGGAUAUGAGGCGGGCGUGUUCACAAAGGGUUUCACGUGA